CCAUCACGGGGUCAGUUUCGGAACGUCGUCGGGAAAUUUUCAUUCGCGUUCGUUCGACGGUCACAGUCGCAGGUCACCAGAUACCAGAUUUUCUUCGCUCACCACAGGUGCUGGCUGGAGUGAGGGCCCCGUUUCCGUUUUAUUGCCGAAAAUCAACUGCAACACCUGAGACGACGCGAAGCAGCAGCAGGACGAACGGAUCGCGAAAAUGUCCAACCUAAAGAAGAUCGCCGAUGAGGACCGCGAGUCCAAAUUCGGAUAUGUCUUUGCCGUGUCCGGUCCCGUCGUAACGGCCGAGAAGAUGGCCGGAUCGGCUAUGUACGAGCUGGUCCGUGUCGGUUACUACGAGCUGGUCGGUGAGAUCAUUCGGUUGGAGGGCGACAUGGCCACCAUCCAGGUGUACGAGGAAACGUCCGGCGUCACCGUGGGCGAUCCCGUGCUGCGUACGGGCAAGCCCCUGUCCGUGGAACUUGGCCCCGGUAUCAUGGGCAGCAUCUUUGACGGUAUCCAGCGUCCGCUGAAGGACAUCAACGAGCUGACCCAGUCGAUCUACAUCCCGAAGGGUAUCAACACGCCGUCGCUGUCGCGUACCCAGAGCUGGGGCUUCAACCCGAUGAACGUGAAGGUCGGCUCGCACAUCACCGGUGGAGAUCUGUACGGUUUGGUGCACGAGAACACACUGGUCAAGCACAAGCUGCUGGUGCCGCCACGUGCCAAGGGUACCGUGCGUUACAUUGCCCCACCCGGCAACUACACCGUCGAGGACAUUAUCCUGGAGACGGAGUUCGAUGGGGAGGUCAACAAGUACAGCAUGUUGCAGGUGUGGCCCGUGCGUCAGCCCCGUCCAGUGACGGAGAAGAUGCCCGCUAACCAUCCGCUGUUGACCGGUCAGCGUGUGCUGGAUUCGCUGUUCCCUUGCGUCCAGGGAGGUACCACUGCCAUCCCCGGUGCCUUCGGUUGCGGUAAAACUGUCAUCUCGCAGGCCCUGUCCAAGUACUCCAACUCGGAUGUCAUCGUGUACGUCGGUUGCGGCGAACGUGGUAACGAAAUGUCUGAAGUAUUGCGUGAUUUCCCCGAGCUGUCGGUCGAAAUUGACGGCGUGACCGAGUCCAUCAUGAAGCGUACCGCGCUGGUCGCCAACACGUCCAACAUGCCUGUCGCCGCUCGUGAAGCUUCCAUCUACACCGGUAUCACGCUGUCCGAGUACUUCCGUGACAUGGGUUACAACGUGUCCAUGAUGGCCGAUUCGACCUCCCGUUGGGCCGAGGCUCUGCGUGAAAUCUCCGGUCGUCUCGCUGAGAUGCCUGCCGAUUCCGGUUAUCCGGCCUACCUGGGCGCUCGUCUCGCUUCCUUCUACGAGCGUGCCGGUCGCGUCAAGUGUCUCGGAAACCCGGAGCGCGAGGGUUCCGUGUCCAUCGUCGGUGCCGUAUCGCCGCCCGGUGGUGACUUCUCCGAUCCCGUCACGUCCGCCACCCUCGGUAUCGUGCAGGUGUUCUGGGGUUUGGACAAGAAGCUCGCUCAGCGUAAGCACUUCCCCUCGAUCAACUGGUUGAUUUCCUACAGUAAGUACAUGCGCGCCCUGGACGACUUCUACGACAAGAACUUCCAGGAGUUUGUGCCGCUGCGUACCAAGGUCAAGGAGAUCCUGCAGGAGGAGGAAGAUCUGUCCGAAAUCGUGCAGCUGGUCGGUAAGGCGUCCCUCGCCGAAACCGACAAGAUCACCCUCGAGGUGGCCAAGCUGCUCAAGGACGACUUCCUGCAGCAGAACUCGUACUCGGCGUACGAUCGGUUCUGUCCGUUCUACAAGACGGUCGGCAUGCUGCGAAACAUUAUCGGCUUCUACGACAUGGCCCGCCACGCCGUCGAGACCACGGCCCAGUCCGAGAACAAGAUCACCUGGAACGUGAUCCGCGAGGCGAUGGGCAACAUCCUGUACCAGCUGUCGUCGAUGAAGUUCAAGGACCCAGUGAAGGACGGCGAGGCGAAGAUCAAGGCCGAUUUCGACCAGCUGUACGAGGAUCUGCAGCAGGCUUUCCGUAACCUGGAGGAUUAAGCACCUGUGCGCGCAUGCGCUCCGAAACGUGCGAGCGAUCGCACGUCUUUCCGAAAUUCCUUAAAAACAGUUUUAGUGUUUUCAUUAUAAAUGUAACAAGUCUGUAGAGACAGAAGACAGAGAAAGAUAAGAAAAAUCAUGUAAAAAUAGUGCAACACAGGCAAAAGUCGGCUAAAUAGAGCAAAAAGCAGCAAAUAACACACACACAAAUAACAGAAACACACUUAUAAAAAAAAAUAAAACGAUGGUAUCGAAAGCUGUGACCGUGGCCGGCGGAAUGACACCUCCCGUGGUGGCCACGGGCACCAUUUUACAGGAGUAUUUAGGUUUAAACGUUAUUUACACGCUACAGAAAAGAAACCCAGCAAGAAGGGUGAAAGUGUAAAUUAUACAAAUAACAGAAACGGCGAGUACACACAUAAAAUUCACGGCAUCAUCAUCCAAACCUUAGGCCAAUCGAAAAUAUCUUUUCUUCGUUCGCUCAUUCGUUCUUCUCGUUGUGUUUGCGUCUGACAAAAAAAAAGUUUAAAACAAUCGUGGUGAAAAUAACAUCUUAAAGAAAUGAUAAUCAAAGGGGAUAAAGCAAAAAAAAAAGUGCAAAAAACAAGAACUCUCAGCUAGAGUAGCGCGUGACGUCGCGAAAACGUACAAUAAUUGCACUACUUUAAAUCAACACAAACAAACAUACAUAACUGUACCACGGCAAAUGAGAAAAGAGAAGAAACUUUCGAUUGAACUAGAGCAAAAUAUAUAAAUGUAAUAUGAAAUUAUUGUAUAAGUGAGAUAAUUAAUCAUCUAAACAGAAGAAGAAAAAGAAAAAAAAGUUUUACUAUAUUUAAGAUUAUCAUGUUGUUAAAUCGCUUUAUUGUUUAGUUAAUACAUAUAUUUUUACUUUUAAUUUUGUAGUCGUUUUUUCGUCCAUGAUGAUGCGUAAAGAUUGAGGCAGGAAUAUUAACGGUUAAAUUUAUGUUUUGUUUUGAUUCCGGCGGUGGGUUUCAAUUUGUAACCCUCCGCGGGCCGGUCCAAACUUAUCGUCUCUUCUUGUCGUGUAUAUUUUUGUCUUCGUUUGAAACAACCAACACAGAUGACGAUGAUUUGUAGGGCAGGAACAUUUGGUGAGAAUAAAAUCCCUCUAUGGAAAAUUGCAUUCCGCGUCAAAA